AUGCCAAUUUUGAAGGAUGAAUUGCAAAAAAGUAAUAGUAAGGAUGAAGAUAAAGAUAUAAUUUUUGGAAAGUUUAAUAUUGAAAAAAAAGAAGGGUUAAGUUUUUUGGAAAAUAGUACAAGAAAUGAAUUCAAUACUUCAUUAAAAAAAAUUGAGAAUAUAUUGAUAAAUGCUUAUAAUCAAGCAAAUUCUAAUUAUAAUUCAUUCUUUUACAAUAUUAAUAUGUUAACUUUACCACAUAGUGAUAUUAAUGAAAAUAGUAAUGUAAAUAAUGAAUCAGAAAUAUCAGAAAUAUUAAACAUUGGAAAAUAUUAUCAGAAUAAAGAAGAUAGUUUAAGAAUGAAAAUAUUACAAGGGGUUAAUACAGAACUAAAUGAUAGUUUAAGAAUGACUUUGGGUGUAGUUUUAAAAACAUAUAAAGAAUUAGAAAAAAUACAAAAUAAAAUUGAAGAUUUAAUAAAAGAAAAUAGAGAAUUAAAAAAUGAAACAUUUGAUUUAAAUAUUUCAAUACAAGAAUUAAAAAAUGAAAAUAAUAAGUUAUCACGUGAGAAUUUUUAUUUGAAUGAACAAAUUAAAGAAAGAAUCUCAACUUGUGACAAAUAUAAAAAUGCUCUAAAUAAAUCAAUAAAAACAAUGAAGAAAUUAUAUUUUGAAAAUGAUCAUUUUAAUAAAGAAAUCAAUCAAUUAGAAAAUCAGUUAGUAGUAUCUAAACUGAGAGUUGCUCAACAUAAUGAAGAACUUGAACACAUACGUACUUUACUUAAAUAUUAUAAAAAUCAAGUAAAAAGUGAUUAUAUACUUUCACCUGCUAUUGAACAAAUUAUUAAAGUUGAACCUUGUAGAAUUCCUUCAAACAAUAAAGAAAUAUCCAAUAGUAAUUAUAAAACCACUAAUAUUGGCAAUAUAUUAUCAAAAUUAUUAUUUAAUAAUGGUUCAAGUACCACUAGAAAUACUCGUAAACAUAAAAGUAAAAAAGUUUCAUUAAUACGUACAAACUCUAAUCACAAUUCACCAACAUCAUCAUCACCAUGUUUAAAAUUUCAAUAUAAUCAAGAAAAUAAUAAACAAAAUUCUUCAUUAACUAUAACACCUAUUAAACAUGAUAAAUCAUUUAAUGAUGAAUAUUCACCACAGAGUACUGGUAUUGAUUAUUGUAAUAAUCAUAUAUUUUUUAAUCAAAGAAUAUGUAAAGAAAAUAUAUUAUCAUCAGAUGAUGAAAAGUUUAUAGAAAAUCUUAAUAUAAGCCCUCCAUCAAUCACAUCUACUAAAAGUUUAAACAGAGAUAUUUAG